AGAGAGAGAGAGAGAGAGAGAGAGAGAGAGAGAGAGAGAGAGAGAGAGAGACGCUGAGAGAGGGAGUUCCUCCAAACACAUGCUUUCUUUCUCUUGAAAUCCUGACGUUUCUGAAACUCUAGGUCAAGAAUUUCAGCUGCUCCCAGUCAGAGGUUCUCUUCUCCCAACGAUUGGUUCUAUCCUAUCAGAGCCAUGGCUUCAAAGAUUCUUGCCAACUUGAUCGUGAUGGGCUCUGGAAUAUUGGCAAGGGCUCUAGUUCAAGCAUACCGUCAAGCACUUGCAAAUGCAUCAAAAACUGGUGUUGCACAAGAAACAAUACAAAAUACAGUACACAGAGCAAGCAAAAUCAUGACCGAACAAGAAGCAAGGCAGAUUUUAGGGGUCACUGAGGCAUCAUCUUGGGAAGAAAUCGUGAAGAAAUAUGAUACGCUGUUUGAGAGGAAUGCCAAGAAUGGGAGUUUUUACCUUCAGUCAAAGGUUCACAAGGCUAAGGAAUGUUUAGAAGCUGCACACCAAGGGAAAGGACAGGGAACGGGUUGAAAAUCUGGAACCAAGCAAGACUAUCAACAUCUUUGAGUCUUUGGUUGCGGUGUUGUUGUUCAUGUCCCUUCAUGAUGAAAGGACUACCCAACCCCUCAAGCUCAUUUCUUCUUCUUCUUCUUCUUUUUCUUUUUUAAAUCUUCUUUGGCGAUUGGCGUUCCCUGGAUCAGAAAGGCUAUAAUUGCUAAUAUCCUGUCACAAAGAACAUGCAACUUGAAUACAUGACAUCAAGUGGGCGGGACUGAAUAACCAAGGCAGCAUUACAUGAUGCAGCUAAAUCCUUGAUUAGAGAUCUACUUUGUUUUGGAAAUUAUAUGUUUUGUUUAGAAUGAGUAUGCUAAUAAGAUGUGCUGCUUUUAGCAUUUGACAGUUAUAUGAGGACGUUGUGUCA